AAGUGGAGGGCAGGAUGGUGGAGAAGGAACCUGGAGUAGCCCCUCAGAGAGACCUCGGGUCCAGAGGCAAGAUGCCAAGCCUUGGGGAUCAGUUCUACAAGGAAGCCAUCGAGCACUGCCGCAGCUAUAACUCUCGGCUCUGUGCAGAGCGCAGUGUGCGCCUUCCCUUCCUGGACUCGCAGACAGGGGUGGCCCAGAACAACUGCUACAUCUGGAUGGAGAAGAGGCAUCGAGGGCCAGGCCUUGCCCCCGGCCAGCUGUACACGUACCCUGCCCGCUGCUGGCGCAAGAAGAGACGAUUGCACCCGCCUGAGGACCCGAAGCUGCGGCUGCUGGAAAUAAAACCUGAAGUGGAGCUGCCCCUGAAGAAGGAUGGGCUCACCUCAGAAAGCACUACUUUGGAAGCCUUGCUCCGUGGCGAGGGCGUGGAGAAGAAGGUGGAGGCCAGAGAGGAGGAAAACAUCCAGGAAAUACAGAGGGUUUUGGAAAAUGAUGAAAAUGUAGAAGAAGGGAAUGAAGAAGAGGAUUUAGAAGAGGAUAUCCCCAAGCGAAAGAACAGGACCAGAGGACGGGCUCGUGGCUCUGCGGGUAGUAGGAGGAGGCAUGACGCCGCCUCUCAGGAAGAUCACGACAAACCUUACGUCUGUGACAUCUGCGGCAAGCGCUACAAGAACCGGCCUGGCCUCAGCUAUCACUACGCUCACACUCACCUGGCCAGUGAGGAAGGGGACGAAGCCCAAGAGCAGGAGACCCGGUCCCCACCUAACCACAGAAACGAGAAUCACAGACGGACAGGAGGAAUAUCUCCUAAACAAGAGCAUCUUUCCCAAGGUCCAGGUCCAGCCCAGAAAGGACCGGAUGGGACAGUCAUUCCCAAUAACUACUGUGACUUCUGCUUGGGGGGCUCGAGCAUGAACAGGAAGCGUGGGACACCUGAAGAGCUGGUGUCCUGUGCAGACUGCGGACGCUCUGGUCACCCGACCUGCCUGCAGUUCACCCUGAACAUGACGGAGGCUGUCAAGACCUACAAGUGGCAGUGCAUCGAGUGCAAAUCCUGCAUCCUCUGUGGGACCUCGGAGAAUGAUGACCAGCUGCUCUUCUGCGAUGACUGUGACCGUGGCUACCACAUGUACUGCCUAAAGCCCCCGGUGGCGGAGCCCCCAGAAGGAAGCUGGAGCUGCCACUUAUGCUGGGAACUGCUCAAAGAAAAAGCCUCAGCCUUUGGCUGCCAGGCCUAGGGCCCAGCGUCUCGGAGCGUGACUUGGCCACCGGGAGGCUGACCCAGAGCUCAGCUCACACCAGAUCGAGGCCCUACUCCCAUGUACCCAGACUGACCAGCUGUAAGGAAAGUAUUAGUCACAGAGGGACACGGACGCUUGAAAUCAGGAGGACGAGGUGUCCACUUACCUCCCCCCCACAGGUUUCAGCACCUCAGCCAGCCCCUCCUUAUGUGUACCGGAAGGACCAUGUACUGGGAACAGGACAAUUCCGGCCCUAGCCCUCUCAGUGAAGUCCUCUCACUGUCUCCAUAUCCCCCACCCCCCACCCCAUCCAACACUGGCUCCCAUGGUAAGGGAAGCCAUUUGUGACCACUGAUGUGUCCUGGUGCGUAGUUUGGUGUUUCCUAUUUAUUGUGUUUUAAGAAGCCUUCUUGUAGCCCAUCCACCUCCAGCAAGCGGCCGGCACUUCCCCCUAAACCCUUACCAGAGGAGCUCGUGGCUGUGGAGAAGUUGGUGCUGGUUACAAACCUCCCCUGGAAACGUUUUGACCUCGGGCUUGGAGGCGCUCUUGAAGAUGGAGCCCUGCAAUCUCCCUUCGUGUUCUUGACCUCAGUGAAGCAGGAAAAGUUGCCCUUCUGGGACGCCCAGUCGACAGCCAGCGGUGUCCUGACCCCCUGCGUUAGGUCACCUGAUGAGGUGGGAAGCAGAGGCACCAAAGGAUGGAAGGGAACAGGGUGCGGAUGACAGCAGGGUCCUACUGCAGCCGGUCGAUUUAGGCGUCCAUCAGGGGAGGCUGUGUGGGUCUUUGACCUUGAGGUGGGAUAAGCCGUGGCUACAAACCGAGUCAGCAGAUUCACAGUGUUGCCUCCCAGCCGACCUGGGCCUUGAGGUCUGGCUUGGCUUUUCCUGGUGGGACCGCAGACCCAGGAAGGAGGCUGAGUUACAGCCACCCGGUCAAGUGUCUGGCUGUGGAAUAACAACAUGGUGGUUCUGGAAAGCCCAUCAUUAUUGAGACGCUCGGAUUCCCUACCCCCUUUGCCACUGCCCAUGGAGACCUGCCUCCGGAGAUUUCAGGAUGAGCGAGAGGUGAUGGUUACCCAGACGGAUAAUCAGGCUGGUGUGAGUAUUCAUGACGACAGGGACCGUGACCGAGAAUCCCCUGCUCUUGUGUCCCAAGCUCCCCCUGUACAUGCUGGACUCUUGUUUUCAAAAAACGCCCCGAGUUAGAAGGAUGUGGGGAGACCCCGAUUCCAGUAGCCCCGUGUGUUGGAGUGGGCUGUCUCAGAAUGGCAGCCUCGCAGGAGCAGGCACGUUUCUGGAAGGAUCACCUGGUCGCGGCAAGGGGACCCUCACGCAUGCUCUGCUUCCCUGCACUGCGCUGGCCUGCAACAGAGGCCCAGGCUAUUUUUAGUCACUGGGCUCCUGAAGAGGCCCCCAGAGACAGGCUGGCCAGGCCGCCUCUGCACGGUUUGCUCCUGGGCUUGGCCGGGUGCUGAUGGUUCUUAGCCGGUGGAGCCGCGUGGCAGCUGUCUCCUGCACGCCUUUGCAGAGUGACCGGUGGCAGGGCUGCGGGUCACCCUCGCGCGGGGGCCUCUGGCCUCAGCACGAGUGAGGAGCGGCGCAGUGAUUUCAUCGACAGGGCGCAGGCCCAGAUGCCUUUUUCUCUUCCGCGGAAAGUAGUCCCUUCGCCCCGCUGGCUGGUGAGCCCGUUUAGAGUCCUGGAGGCCCAGGAGGAUCCAGGAAGUUGCCCUGUGGGCACAUCAGCUGCCCUUUUUUUUGGAGUGGGGUGGGAUCCCAUCAGGACAACAAGGGGACUUCCCCUCCUGACAACUCUGGCUUCUGUCUUCCCAUGUGGGGUGUCCCCAAAGUCUGAUGCUUGGUUUUGAAGGUCUUUUUCAUUGAAUUUUUUGGGGAAAAAAUUGACCAAGAUAUUCCCAAAUACCACAGUAGUAGAAAAUGUUAGAAGGCAAGCCUGAGCCCCCCAAAUUGGGGCUCCCCUGCUGGCGCAGCUUGGAGUCUGUGCAAGUCUGUCCCACUUCAGUGCCAGCGGUGGGGGGGUCUGUUCAGUUUGCAGCCACAUCUCUGUCUGAGCAGAAGCUGUGAGGGUGGGAGUGAACUUCGCAAGCCAAGGGAGGAAGAAGCCAGGGCCUGGGGGCAGGGGCCUGGUCGGGGCUCCAGAAUGGACACUGGGAAGGCUCCUGGGUGCCUUUAUUACUCCAGGAAGAACGGUCCUAUCCUCUCCCUCCUCGGAGUCCUUAACUUUUCCCAUCUGGAAAGUGGGGAUCGCAAAGCCAUCCCUCGGGAAGACAUUCCUCACAUCCUGGGUUGGAACAAGAAAGGCAUCAGAUAACUUCAGAUUGAUCUCUGUUCUCUGAGCCUCAGAAAAGGAGCCAGAAUCACAGGGUGCACUUGGAUGAGAAGGGUUUUAGUUUUGCCUUUGCCUUUGUAUAGCACUGUGACCUUGAACGGUUCAUGUAUCCUCCCCAGACCUCAGUUUGUUCACCUGUGAAAUAGAGCUAAUACUUCCCCCUGCCUGUUCCACAGCAAACUGGGGUCUGCAAAGACAUGUUUUCCAGGCUGCCUGUGGUCGGGUCGAGGACACAGUGGCUGUGCUUGAGUCUGGGGCGCGGAGCGAAGGGUCACUCUGGGGUGGGUGCUUCAGGCUGGGACUUUUGGAGAGAUUCUCAUCUGUGAUGUUUCAAGGGCAGGGGAUUGAAGACUCGGUUUAAAGCCCAGUGCUGCUACUCUUUGACUGGUUGAUCUUGGGGCCCAACGAUUUACCUCUCCAGCCUUAUUGUCCUCAUUUAGGAAGUGGGGGUUGCACAGGGCUAUUGGAGGGGAUGCUGUUAAGGCCCAGCAAGCAUGCUGAAGGUCCCCGUCCACAGCAGUCUGGUCAUUCUGAUAGAGGCCACCGAGUGGAGAGGACCAUUGCUGUCGCCCAGUACAAGCUCCCAAGCCCAUCCAGGUGCUGUGAAGGAAGGGGAGUGUCCAUCAGAGUGGGGGUGCAGUUAGUUGCAGGACUGGAAGUUGGACCACUCUGUUUCCUGUAGGUAGGCCUUUGGGGCCUAUAGUAAAUCCAGGGAGCUCCUGGCUAGGAGAAACAGUGAACAUUCUUGUCUGCUAAAUGGAAGGUUGGGGGUUCGAAUCUACUCAGAAGUACCUUGGAAGAAAGGCCUGGCCAUCUACAGAUGGGACAAAACCAGCCAUUGAACCGCCCCCUGGCACACAAUUCUACCCCGACAUCCUCGGGAGUCAGCUUGAGUCGGAAUCACUUCACCAGCCCCAGGCCCUCCACAGGCAGCUGUAUGAGGACAGAGAUAAAGCUCUCAGCUCUCAGGGCCCCACUGACUUAUUGCACUGCAGGGGCAGGCAGGAGUUCUCAGGCCC